CGGUGGGCCGCGGCGGGGCCGCGGGCGGGCCGCCGCGAGGCCCUCGGGGCCGUCGAAGAGGAGGACUCGGGACGAGGUGCCGGCCGGGAACAGCCUCGCGGGCGAACAGCCGGGCCUCGAAGGAGCGCUCGGCGCCCCGUCGUCGCCGCCGCGCGCCGACGCCGCUGCGGGCGGCGAGGGCGGCGUCCGGCUGUACGAGCUGGAGGUGCGCAACCUCACCGGCGGGCCGCUGCGGCUGGUGGGCCCGUGCAGGCACCUGCUGCGCAAGGUGCCCCACGGGAGGCUGCUCGCGCUGGCGCCCUCGCUGCCCCCGGCGGGGGCGCCCUCGCCCCCCGCGGCGCUGGCGGCCUUCGGGAGCAGCGCGGCGCUGGGCGACGUGCUGGAGUUCACCCUCGCGUACACGGGCGCCUCGGGCGAGGGCUUCACGGUGCGCGCCCACGCCCACGCGCGCUCGCCGCUGUCCAGCGACGCGGUGGCGGCGGGAUCCCAGCUGGAGGUGGCGUCCCGCCUGACGGAGGUGCCGCGCCUCGCCGCCCGCCCGCCGCACGGCUACGCCGAGACGGCCCUGGGCGUGUACGCGCGCCCGGGCCGCGACGAGGCCGCGCGCGUGGGCGAGCUGCGCCCGGGCCAGGAGGUCAUGGCGGCCAGCGGCGCCCGCCAGGGGCGCUGGCUCCAGAUCACCGCCCCGCUCGCCGGCUGGGUCCAGGCGGAGGCGCGCGACGGGGCGCCGCUCCUCGCGGCGCCGGCCGAGGGCGGCGCGCCCCACCUGCGCCAGGUCGUGGAGGUGCGCCCCGCGGAGGGCGCGCAGGCGGAGCCCGCCGCCGCGCCGCCACCGCCCGCGGCGCGCGGGGCCGAGGGGGAGGCCCGCCCGGCGCAGUGCGCGAGGGCGGGCGAGGGCGAGUACGCCCGGGCCCGGGCCGCGGAGGCCGCGAGGCUCGGGCGCGCGAACGCCCUGCUGGACGGCGCCGGGCACGUGGGGCGCAGCCGUCGGGCCGCGAGGGGCGUGCACUGAGCCGGGCUGGCGAACGGCCGAGCUCGGCGGGCGUGCUUGCCCUCGCGGCGGAAGCUGUGCGCGAGCACUCGGUGCUCGUGCGCGCGCGCGAGCGCAUGGCCACCAUCACGUGCUCAGUGGCACCCACGGCGCGUGGCUGCUCGCGCAGUUUUAGUGGUCGGUGCGGCGUCCGAGAUUGCUUCUUGCUGGCAAUUGCCCUGCACUGUGAGAUGCGUGAGCUCCCAACGAGCUCCCACCCGCAGAGGAGG